UUUGCUGUUGGAACUGAAAACGAAACAUGUUGUGUUUCUUAAAGAGUUAAUUAAGAGUCACGUGAACCAGCUUAAACAAAGCGCCAAACUUUGAACGCGAGCGGUCGCUGACGGUUCAUUCGAUAAAUCAUGACGGAGCACGACAUACCUAUAAUCAUUUUGAGCGAUGAUGAUGAUGAUGAAGAAGGUGACUUCUGGAUGACCCACAAUGAUUCCUCUGUGCUGAUCGUUGAAAACGAGAGGAACGAAGCAGAUGUAUCAAAACAUAUUGAGGAGUUGGAUGAAGAUUUGAUCAUCACAUACACCCAAACUGCAACAGUGCUUCCACACGCAAGAUACGACUGCACCCUUGCAUUCUGUCGAGCAGAGCAGGACGUUUCAGGACCUCUACAAGAUAAUGGAAAGCACUGUGAUCAGUGUUUCUGCUAUAUCUGUGACAAACUGGCGUCCAUGUGUGAGUUUUGGACCAUCCCUGGGAUUUGCCACUGUAAUGCUCAUAAGCACAGUGUCUACUGGAAGGCCCUCCGUGAUAAGAGUCUGAUGGGAUUUCUGCAUGAGCUGAACUUCACCUUUGACCCAUUGGAUAUGGAUUCAGACCUGCGACGUGCAGAAAAUUCACUGCAGAAAUUCGCUGGUAGUUUGGCAAUGAAGUAUGCUACUUUUUUGUUGGGGUUUGAAAAUCCCAACCAUUCAACGAGCUGUCGGUGCACCUGUCACUUCAACAUGUUUUUGAACGAAGCGAAGAAAGAGAAUCCAAAGGCUUGUGUUGUGAUGCUAUUAGGGGCUAUUAAGCUUUUUGUCACCCACACGACUCCUGGAAAUAUACAUGCUGCUAACACUGUAUCUGAAACUGUGUCAGUGCUCCUGUGGAGAUUUAUGACAAAGGUGUGGACGCUUUUAGUUGGCUUUGAUUUUUCCAGCUCUUUUAUAAAGCAGCUGGAGUCCUUCUACCAGAAGCUUCCGCUGCCUUCAAACUGCACAUUGCCAAAAAUUCUGAGUGUGCUUCCUUGGGAUGAUCCCUUGCUCUCUGCUGUGAUGAAAGGUCAAAACAUCACUGGAGAGAGGCAGGGCAAAGGUCGGAAGCAUAAAGUCUUGUGUGAACCUCUGGUCGUGAUUCAAGCGAGAGUCUGUAAACUUCAACAGCAAAACAAGAUGGUGACUACACUGGUGCAGUCUGCCAUAUGUUAUCACCAAUGCCCGGUGCCAUGUGCCUCGCCUCCCGUCUCGCACCUCAACAGUUCAGAUCUUAUCUCAGAAUUCUCACGUCAGGCCACGCCCCUGAU